ACGGACGAAAAGCUGAACAAAAUGCUUGCUAGCAGAAGCGAGUGAUAAGCGACGCCCGCUGCCGCGAGCGGCCGCGAUAGAGGAAGUGUUGGCGAGAUAAGAGCCGUCGUUGCGGGAACGCCUCGCGAAGGCAACGGGGCGCUGUUAGUCUCGAAGCUGUUAGUCUAAAAUCCAGUUACUAAUCGCGUACAACUUACACAACUUGUGUGAGAAGUAUAGCGAACAAACAAGGAGUACUGGAGCCUAAGCGACGCACAACCGUCGCCUGCAAGCCCAGGAGAAACGACGCAACCAUGGCUCUGGGGAACGGCCCGAGCGGCGAGCUCCGUUGCGCGGACAAGAAUUGCAACGAACAGCUGGCUGAUAAAGGUCCAAAAUACCGGCUUUGCUUAGGAUGCCGCAGGAUUACGUGCCUGAGCUGCAAUGCGCAGCAUGAGAACGAGAACUGCGAAAGUUACAAAGCCAGAUUGGAUGCACAGGAGCGAGCAGGUCGCACUGAAGCGAGCACUCGGGACGCCACAGCAGGCCCGAGCAAAGAUUGGCACGCCAUUUACAUGAAUGUUCCGGCGGACUUCAAGCCUGGAGAGGAAUACUGCUGCGAUGUGGACGGCUGCAUGUUCGCCGUGCGCCUUCACGAAGGAUCCACGAAGUUUUGGUGUCCCAUGUGCCACAGCAGACACCGAAUCGAGGGCGACAAACUUAUAAGGGCCAAGGCACCGCCUGUUUUUCCCAUCUUGUCUGACUUUACGGAGUAAAUAAAGGGGGAACCCUAGCGGUAAUUACUUCAGACCUAUCGUUCGCACUUAAUUUUCGAAAGAUGAUAUCUAUGAGCAAAAUAAAUUAACUUUGUUUUAAGGAA